AUGUCAAGCUCAAGCUCCCCAAGCUCUCCAAUCCGCUCCGGCGAUGAAUCCGCCAUUCAGGCGAUGGCCCCGACUUCCUCCACCGCUGCCGUCCCGGUGGUUGGAGUCGGGGAACGGCCGACGGGUAAGUCCAAUGCUUUUUGGGAUUUUUUUUGGGGUUUUUUGAGAAUUUCAAGAUUUUUUUUAACUAACAUAAGCUUAGGGAUUAAAAAUAUAAAAAAAAUAUCAAUACUUUAAAACACGAUUUCUGAGUCACUGAAUUAGCCGUGGACAUAGAAAAAUAUCGAUUUUGAGUUUUUUGUUUUAAAAUGACCGUAGGCUUCCAAUAAACAUAUGACUGAAAUAUUUUUGUCUAAUUCUCCCAUUAACCUACUGUAAUUUACAAUUUAAUGUUUUUACAGUAAUCGACUAUUACUCCAAAACUACGCAUCGUAAAUAGUUGAAAUUAAGAAUACUUAUGUUUUAGCACAUGCUCGUCAAAGUGAAUACAAAAUUUUGGCACUCAGGUUACUGUAACAUACCGCAAUAUAGGUUCGGCCGCACAAAAUCGGCCGUAAAAAAAUUGUUUCUGAAAACCCGCAGCUGAUUUUUACAUAUGUUGUUCAGCGUAAAAUUCUGCCCUAGAAACAUUUUAAAAAAGUUUAAAAAGUCGUGCCCCGAUUUUCGUGGUGUAGUGGAUUUUGGUCAAGUUUAGUAAUCCGAAGGUCGCGGGUUCGAUCCCGGUGGAACCAAAAUCUGUAAAACCGCACAAAACUUCAAAAAAUCGUGUCGAGGGGAAUUGAUAAUAUACAUGCAGAGUACCAAAAACUGUAUCAUGGGUUAUUCGCAAAUUAGAAGGCAUUUUUCGGAGUUAAAAUUAUUAUUUUGGUCUUCGCGGAUUCUGGCCCAAAUUUAGUUAAGCAAAAUGGCUAAAAAUGAUAAUAUAUACCUUUUCUAGCCUUCUGAGUUCAAUGCACCCAAUUUUUCGGACCUAGGAUUACUGUAACAUGGCGAAAACGGAUUUCGGCCGCUAAAAUCGGCCGUAAAACUGUUCAUUGCGAGUAUACGCAGCUAAUUCUUCGAUUUUUCGAAUCAGCGUGAAAUUUUGCCCCAGAAUCAUUAUAUAAUAUUUCUUAGCUGACCAUUUUUAUUUCGCAGAAAUUUUGCACUGAAGAUUACAUACAAAUUUUUUGGUUGAAAAAAAAAAUUUAAAAAUUUGGGUUUUUGGUCUAUAAAUGUGUGGAUCCAUCGUUUAAAUUCAGAUUUGAAGUAUUUUUGGCUUAAUCCAGAACUAAUGCAGUUUUAUUUACAAUUUUCAAACUUGAAAGUAAUUCACCACAGUGAAAAAAGUGUUUAACUGAGAAAGUCAACUUUGAGUGUCACUAGUGUGGAAUUUCAUGCUGAUUCGAAAAAUCGAAGAAUUAGCUGCGUAUACUCGCAAUGAACAGUUUUACGGCCGAUUUUAGCGGCCGAAAUCCGUUUUCGCCAUGUUACAGUAAUCCUAGGUCCGAAAAAUUGGGUGCAUUGAACUCAGAAGGCUAGAAAAGGUAUAUAUUAUCAUUUUUAGCCAUUUUGCUUAACUAAAUUUGGGCCAGAAUCCGCGAAGACCAAAAUAAUAAUUUUAACUCCGAAAAAUGCCUUCUAAUUUGCGAAUAACCCAUGAUACAGUUUUUGGUACUCUGCAUGUAUAUUAUCAAUUCCCCUCGACACGAUUUUUUGAAGUUUUGUGCGGUUUUACAGAUUUUGGUUCCACCGGGAUCGAACCCGCGACCUUCGGAUUACUAAACUUGACCAAAAUCCACUACACCACGAAAAUCGGGGCACGACUUUUUAAACUUUUUUAAAAUGUUUCUAGGGCAGAAUUUUACGCUGAACAACAUAUGUAAAAAUCAGCUGCGGGUUUUCAGAAACAAUUUUUUUACGGCCGAUUUUGUGCGGCCGAACCUAUAUUGCGGUAUGUUACAGUAACCUGAGUGCCAAAAUUUUGUAUUCACUUUGACGAGCAUGUGCUAAAACAUAAGUAUUCUUAAUUUCAACUAUUUACGAUGCGUAGUUUUGGAGUAAUAGUCGAUUACUGUAAAAACAUUAAAUUGUAAAUUACAGUAGGUUAAUGGGAGAAUUAGGCAAAAAUAUUUUGGUCAUAUGUUUAUAGGAUGCCUACAGUCAAUUUAAGAUCAAAAACCCAAAAUCCAUUUUUUUCUAUGUCCGGGCCUAACUGGCGGCUGAUUCAGUGGCUCAAAAAUCGUGUUUUAAGUCAUCUGAUGACUUGAAGUACAUCGAAAUUAUAUUGCUGAAAAAAGAGCUCAAAACAGCUCAAAAUUGACAAACCCUAUACUUAGUUGCAACUCGAAAUUACCGUAGUUUUUAUUUGUGACCUGUAACAUCAUAAAUUUCAUUUUUGGCUGGUGGGUUCCUACCCUAAAUCCCGCCAAAAAUGGCAAUACAAAGGCCUAAGGGCCUUGAAAAUACACUAUUGGACCGUGAAGUGUAAUAUCCAGGCCCAAUAUUACAUAAAAAGUCGCAAUUUUGGCUGGUAGGGAUACUGUAUUUUCCCGCCGAAAUCUAUUUUAGUACGGUAAAAUACGGGCAAUUUUAGGUCCAAAUUCUUUGCGUUUUACAGUGUUUAGAACCCCGAGAGAUCGACCGCCGUAUUUUAGACGGAAUACUGAAAAAUUUCGAACCACAAAGGCAGGUUUUCGGUAAAUUUCAAAAAAUUCAAAUUGCGGAUUUCAUUUUUUUGAAAAAUUUUUGAAAAAAAUGCUUUUUUUGACACACCGUUAGGCAAUAAAAUCAAAGCCAAGUUAGCAUAAAUUCUGAGUGUGCUUUUGAUAUAAAUUUCGAAACAUUUUGACAAAAAUUCCAACCCCUUUACCCAAAUCUUGCUUUCUGAUGACCAAACCCAGCCCGCAGUCUCCCGGAUUCCCAAAAACCCAAAAAGAAAGACUAAACUAUUCAUUUUCAUGGCCAAAAAUGGUCCUACUGUUUGUGUUCUACUACAGUUGUCAUCCAACUUCAUCUCCAAUCUCCUUCGUGGACCAGGUAAUAAUUUUAUUUUUCUUCCUUUCGCCCUUUUCAGUUCGUCCAGGCAGCCAUUCCAAGAUGAUUCAAAGCUCGAUGGCUUCCCCCUUACCAAAGGUCCAUUUCCAAUUCCGUUGGCGUCCUGA